AUGCGGCGUGCGGCCGAAGCUCGGCAUCGAGGUGACGUGGGCGCCGAGAUCUGGCACCUGAGGGAAGCGGCCGAGGCGGCCGGGGAGAACGAGGCGGGCCGCGCCGAGGCCCUGUGUCUGCUGGCCGAGACCUAUGUGAGGCUCGAGCAGUGGCAGGACGCCUUCCGCGAGAGCACUGCCGCGGUCAAGCGCUCGCCCGGGCAGGCGCGAUCGCACGCAGCUCGUGGCAUGGCUGCCUCAAAGCUCGGGUACCUAGCAGAGGCCGUGAGCAGCUGGGAGACUGCAGAGUUACUGGGCGGCGUCCCCCGGGCAGCCCAAGAAGCCGAGGCCUGCCGCCAGCGCCUUCGAGCGUUCUUCGCGGCGAACUCUGCGGCUCCGCCCAACGGCCAGCGGUCCCCUGGCAGCCAGAGCGCUGGGGAUGGGCAAGACUGGGAGGAGUCGUGGCGCCGCAGCGGUUGGCAGGGGGGCCGCACUGGCUUCAAAUCCUCGGGCGCUGCUGGAGCAUUUGGGGCGGGCGCUGGCAGCGGCACUAGCUCCAGCGGCGGGUGCUGCAGCCCAGACUUGCAACGCUCGCUGAACAUACUCGGUCUUGCUACUGGUGCUGGCGGCACGCUCCCAGUUCCGGACGACGUUCGCAAGGCGUACCGCAAGCUCGCCUUGCAGGCACAUCCCGACAAGCCCGGGGGCUCCAAGACCAAGUUCCAGCAGCUCCAGGACGCGUACGAGCGGCUGCUAGCGGCCGUCUGA